AUGACUUCCCAAGUCAAGAGAGGUGAGCUCUUCUCUUUCUGUUAUGUUGUAGGUCAAAAUUUUAAAAAAGAAGAGCUGAUGAUAAUGACAAUUUCAGAAAUAAUUUCUGAAUUGUUGAAGGCUGUCAAAGACCAUAGAGACAUUAACCUUAAUAAGCUUAAAACAUCCAUUUCUCGAAAAUACGGGCUUUCAUCACAGCCACGACUUGUAGAUAUUAUUUCAGCGGUGCCACCACAGCAUAGAUAUGUACUCCUCCCUAAGUUAAAAGCAAACCUCACAGGUGUCCCCAUAUAUUACUGUCCCGGCGGGCCAGAUUCUGACUUCGAAUAUUCAACCCAGUCUUAUACUGGUUAUGAGCCUACGUCAAUGCGCGCUAUAAGGGCCAGGUAUCACCCCUACGUUCAGACACGUCACCGCAUCGAACAGUUACAACAACUUGGGCAUUCUUGUGAUAAAGUUGAGUUUAUUGUCAUGGGUGGCACAUUUAUGUGUCUGCCAGAGGAAUAUCGGGAUUAUUUUAUUAGAAAUCUCCAUGAUGCAUUAUCUGGUCACACGUCGAAAAACGUAGCGGAGGCUGUCUAUUAUUCGGAGAAGAGUAAAACAAAGUGCAUUGGUAUCACAAUUGAGACAAGGCCCGAUUACUGCCUCAAGAAGCACCUAGGAGAAAUGUUGAACUAUGGAUGUACGCGACUUGAAAUUGGCGUUCAGAGUGUCUACGAAGACGUCGCUAGAGACACAAACAGAGGUCAUACUGUAAAUGCAGUUUGCGAAUCGUUCCACCUUUCAAAGGAUGCGGGUUUUAAGGUCAUAGCACAUAUGAUGCCCGACUUGCCGAACGUAGGCUGGGAGCGCGACCUGGCACAGUUUGCGGAGUACUUUGAGAACCCUGCCUUCAGGUCUGACGGCUUAAAAAUCUACCCCACCCUGGUUAUUCGGGGAACCGGCUUGUACGAACUAUGGCGGACUGGGCGGUAUAGCAGUUACCCACCUAACAUGCUUAUCGACCUCAUUGCCCGUAUUCUUGCACUGGUUCCGCCCUGGACUCGUGUUUAUCGGAUUCAAAGGGACAUUCCAAUGCCGCUUGUGACAAGUGGUGUUGAACACGGAAACCUAAGGGAGCUCGCUCUUGCGCGAAUGGCUGAGCUCGGUGCAAAGUGCCGUGAUGUCCGAACCCGCGAGGUCGGCAUCCAAGAAAUCCACAAAAAUGUCCAGCCAUCUCAGAUCGAACUCAUUCGUCGCGACUAUGUUGCUAAUGGGGGCUGGGAGACAUUCCUUGCUUACGAGGAUCCUCAUCAAGACAUUCUAGUUGGCUUGCUACGAUUGCGGAAGUGUUCACCCGAGACAUUCCGACCCGAACUGCGGUGUCGGGGUGAAAUUGGCGACGACGACGACGACCCACUUUGCUCGAUUGUGCGCGAAUUGCACGUUUACGGUAGCGCCGUCCCCGUGUCAGCCAAGGACCCAACCAAAUUCCAACAUCAGGGUUUCGGGACCUUAUUAAUGGAAGAGGCAGAACGCAUAGCAAGGGACGAACACGGAUCGGUAAAAAUUGCGGUGAUUUCAGGUGUUGGAACCCGGAACUAUUAUCGCAAGCUGGGUUACGAACUCGAAGGACCCUACAUGGUCAAGAGCCUCCGUGAACAAACCAGGGAAGUCUUCUGCGCUGCGUAG